AUGGAAGAUAUCGUGCAAAAGUUAUUUGGCCUCCAUCCAGCUGAAGACGCCAAAGGGAGAUUCCACAAGGCAGAACCUCCCAUUGAGACAGGACGCAAGACUUCUCUGAAUAAACCAACAUUUGAGAGAAACGAUCCAUCAUCUAAAGAAAGAAAGCCCAGCGCAAGAAAGGAAAAGCAGAAGUGCCCAAGUGGGCAGUACAAUAAGAUGAGUGAGUUAGCCAAAAAGGUAACUUAAUAUGUGGAAUCCAUAGUGUUCUGUUGUGAGUGCUAACCUCAGUAGCAACAAUGAUACGUCGGACAGCUCCACACAAGAUUCAAACUGAACAUAUUCUAAGUUCAAAUACAGUGGUACCUCGGGUUAAGUACUUAAUUCAUUUCGGAGGUCCGUUCUUAACCUGAAACUGUUCUUAACCUGAAGCACCACUUUAGCUAAUGGGGCCUCCUGCUGCCACUACGCUGCAGGAGCACGAUUUCUGUUCUCGUCCUGAUGCAAAGUUCUUAACCUGAGGUACUAUUUCUGGGUUAGCGGAGUCUGUAACCUGAAGUUUAUGUAACCCGAGGCGUAUGUAACCCGAGGUACCACUAUUGCAUCAGCAACAGACAUUCUCAGGCUGAGCUUUAAAUAAAAGCUGCAGUUCUGUGUUCUUGGCUAGAUCCAUUUUUGCAGAGAGGAAGCUCUCCAUUUUAAGGGGUCCAGCCUGGUGUAGCAACUGUUUGUUUGGACAUAGUGAGAGAGAUUCUGGUUGCACUCAGGCUUUUUGAGCUGGAGUCCUCUGAGUCAGAGGAAGGCAAGACAGCACAAUGUUCCAUUGUGUUUUAUUGCAAAUUCUAACAUCACUAGAAAUGGGGGCACCUUGGACAGCUCCUUUGACAGUUUGGGCUGAAUAUAUUCAUAGAAUCACAGAAGUGGAGAGUUGAAAGGGACCCCAAGGGUCAUCUAGUCCAUCUCCCUGAAAUGCAGGGAUCUUUGCUAAAAUAUCCGUAACAAAUGGCCAUCCAACCUCUGCCUAGAAACCCCCAAGAUUGAAAAGUCUACCACCUUCCAAGGGAGUCUGUUCCAAUGUCAAACAGCUCUUACUCUCAGCAAGUCCUUCUUGAUGUUGAGUAGGAAUCUCCUUUCUUGCAACUUGAAGCCAUUUGUUUGAGUCCUACCCUCCAGAGCAGGAGAAAACAAGCUUGCUCCAUCUUCCAUGGGACAGCCCUUUAGAUAUUUCAAGAUGGCUAUCAUAUCUCCUCUCAAUCUCCCCUUUUCCAGGCUAAAUGUAUCCAACUCCCUCAACCACUCCUCAUAAGGCUUGGUUCCAUCUUGGUCGUCCUCCUCUGCACACAUUCCAGCUUGUCCAUAUGCUUCUUAAAUUGUGGUUCCCAGAACUGGACACAGUACUUGAGAUGGGAUCUGACCAAGGCAGAAUAGAGUGGUCCUAUUACUUCCCUUGAUCUGGACACUAUACUUCUGUUGAUGCAUUUUUGUGCUGCUGGUUAUUCCUGCCUAAGUGCAGAACCUUACAUUUGUCCCUACUGAAAUUCAUUUUGUUAGCUUGGGUCUAGUUCUCUAAUCUUUUAAGGUCAUCUUGAAUCUCGAUUCAGUCUUCUGCAGCAUUAGUUACCCUUCCCAGUUUGGUGUCCUCUGUAAAUUUGAUGAGCAGCCCCUCAAUUCCUUCACCCAAGUCGUUUAUAAAGACGUUGAAUAACAACAGGCCCAGAACAGAACCCUGUGGCAUCUCACUUGUCACCUUUUUUUGAGGAUGACAAGGAACCAUUAGUGAGCAUUUUUUGGGGUUGGUUGGACGUUAUGGGAGUAUGCUUCACAUAUUGCUUCAGCAACACUCCUUCUCACACUGAGCCUUCUUAGCUUUGUCUCCAGGGCUUGUUCUGCCCUUGAGGAGAGGAAGUUCUUCGUAUUAAAGGCCACAGCCUGAUUUAGCAGUAGUUUACUCUGAGAAAACAAGGGAGACUCUGGUUGUAGGGCUUCUGAGCUGGAAAUCCUCUGAGUCAUUCUUGGACUGAGGCAAUACAGGUAAGCAAGGGCUCUUCCUGAAUAAUGACAGUUUCCUAACUGGUGUGUUUUUAGCCUAUUCCUUGGUUCCAGUUCCUUGCUCCCUCUUGAUACUUGCCUUUGUUUUGUUUUUUGUUUUUUUAAAGAUAUUUAUUAAAGUUUCAGAUAAAAAGAAACACAUCAAUAAAAACAAGAAUUUAAAAGUAAAAAGGAAAAUACACAAUACAAAAUACAGAAAGAAAAAAAAAGAAAAAAAAAGAAAAAACAGUUAAAAACAAUUCCAUCUUUUCAUCACUACUUUUAAAUUUACUUAUUUUCUGGACCUCCUCAUACCUCCCUCUUUUGUAUUCCAGUUUAGUUUGUUUGUCCAGCAAUUCCUUUCCCUCCUGUUUAAUCCCAAUCCUUAAUCUCAAUAUCAUAUAACCUUAAAUUUUUAUCUAUUAAUAGCCAAUUUUCCAUUCUUUUGACCUUUUAAUCCUGAUCCUUAAUCUUGAUCUGUAUAUAACUUUAAAGCCUGUACAGCUAGAAACCACUUAAUUUCUAUCCAACAUCAUUCUAACAUUCUUUAAUUUUUGCAAUGUUUCUGUAGGUAAUCUUUGAAUUUCUUCCAAUCUUCUUCCACCGACUCUUCUCCCUGGUCACGGAUUCUGCCAGUCAUUUCCGCCAAUUCCAUAUAGUCCAUCAGUUUCAUCUGCCAUUCCUCCAGUGUGGGUAUUGAUACUUGCCUUUGGCUCAGCCCUGACACGGAGUCCUCAUUCCGAGAUCUCUGGCCCUUUGCAUAUGCAUUAUUAUCCCUUUUUAACAAUAGAUCACUUUGGGGGUUUGUUUCAGAAUUACUUUCUACCACUAUUUGAUGUAGUUGCUUCACACGCACCACUCCCCACCCCCUUUUCUCUUUCCCUCUGCAUCAGUUCACCAAAAGGAUGGGAAAGAAGAAGAAACCAAAAUGUAGUCUGAGCAUAAAAGUCUUUGGGAAUGAGCUUGCUGUUUUGGACUGCGGGGAUCUGAGAAGUCAAGCAAAACUCUAUUACCUGAACCUUGUGGAACUGGUGGUAAAACUGCUAAAGGUAAGGGAAUCGUGAAUGGUCGGAGCAGGCCGGUGGGGCCUGGUGCUUUCAUUGAUGUUUGACUCCAGCUUCCACCAGCUCCAACCAUCCCACCAGCUCCAUCCAUGGAGAGCCAGUGUGGUGUAGUGGUUAAGAGCGGUAGACUCGUAAUCUGGGGAACCGAGUUCGCGUCUCUGCUCCUCCACAUGCAGCUGCUGGGUGACCUUGGGCCAGUCACACUUCUCUGAAGUCUCUCAGCCUCACUCACCUCAUAGAGUGUUUGUUGUGGGGGAGGAAGGGAAAGGAGAAUGUUAGCCGCUUCGGGUAGUGAUAAAGCGGGAUACCAAAUCCAAAUCCAAAUCCGUCCAGCAUGGCCUAUGCUCAGAGACCAGAGGCGCCAUUUUCUGAAGCGCAUUGAGGCGGCCCAACAUCACAUCGUGCAACAUUGCAAUGUUGCACACAUGGUGUCACACAAUGUCCUGAUGUUGCUCCAACAAUCGGGAGACCAGGCCCCCUAAAAAUACCUACUGAGGGGGCCCAGAGUACCUCAGCCCCCUGGAACCAGUGCUUCUGUCAGAGAUGGUGGGAACUGAAGCCCGAUAACAACUGCAGGGCAAGAGGUUAUGCGAACCUGGGUUUGAGUGUCCAUACUGGAAACAGGGAAGCCCAGAUUUGAAUCCCCACUCAGCCUUGACAUUCAGUGAAACUGAGCCAGUCAUAAUCUCUGUCUACCCUACCUCACAGGAUAGUUUUAAAAACACAAUGAGAGGGGGAUAGAGCACUGGACUUGAUGGUCUUUUGGUGGGGAGGGGCUCUUUAGAUUAUGUCAGAAUGUAGUAAACCCACCUUGCUGCAUUUGGGAACCUACCUGCCAUUUUGCUGUGUGGGUCCUGAACAUCUGCCCCCAUAUCCUGCUCUGACAGCACCACUAGUUGAAGAGCCAUGCAUGCUGCCUUGAAGGAAAGGUGAGUGAUAAAUGUCUAUGUCAGGCAUAGGCAAACUCGGCCCUCCAGAUGUUUUUGGGACUACAACUCCCAUCAUCCCUGACCACUGGUCCUGUCAGCUAGGGAUGAUGGGAGUUGUAGUCCCAAAACAUCUGGAGGGCCAGUUUGCCUAUGCCUGGUCUAUGUAACUAUAGUCCCGUAGGGCCCAAAGCAUUUGUUGGCUUGCUGUUGUACGGUGCCAGCACUGGCGAUGGUAAUUGUGCCAAUAAACAAGUGCUUAGCCAUCAUGAAUAUGAUUGCACUACCAUUUUAUGUUUUUAUUUAACCAUUUCCAACAGGGGCAAGAAGUCCAGUUCAACAAGAGGUUGAGUUUGGCCACAGAGGAACUGCUGUUCCCAGCAAUCUCGGGUUUGCCCGUCCUCCUGGCUUUAAAUGCUUCCACAGCAGUCAGUGCAGCAAUCCAAGGCAAUAUGGACUUUAGACAACGGAGCAAUUUUUUCGUCAAUGGCUAUAUCAAGCCAAGGUAUACACCUGCCUUUAAAGCGCUCUUUUUUUGCCAGGAGCUUUUGAAGCAGACCCGUGAUCAAGGCCUGUAAAAGGCUAGGGAACCACUUUGAUUUCCUCUGUCUUGAUGCUAGGAGUGGGUUUCAGGGGCAGGCAGCCAUAACGCAAACAACAUCUGUGAAGUUAACUCUUCAUUCAAAGAAACAAGACAGCUCAGGAGGCCAGGCCUCAUGAGCAAAGCAACUCAUCCCCUAGGGUAGAUCUCACCUCUGUAAGUACAGACUAAAGGCCCCCACCUUCCCACAUUUCCCUAAGUCUCCUCCUCCUGCAGGUCCCUCUCAAGCAAUCUGAGAUUCCAUCGCCUUGUCUGUCUCUGCUCCUCCCUCUUCGUGCCUCUUCUGGUCCUGGGAGACAAGGGAGGAGGGUAGCAGGUCGCAGCAGGAGAGCAAGACCCCCUGGCUUCUUCAGCAGCCUGCCUCAUCACUGCCUCUUGGCCCUCUUCCUCUCCAGCCUCUGCUUCCGCCUCCAAAUCUGUACUGCUCUCUGCCCUAGCGCCUUCCUGCUCACUAAACCCUGUUGCCUCUUCUGCUUCCAACACCUCCUCCUCCCAGUCUGCUCCCUCUUCUCCCUCUGACCACUCAUCAUCGUCCCACCACCAAUCCCCUGGCUCCCAGCCUUUUUCCUUCAGGGCUUCCCUAGGGGUUUCCCCAGCUGGUGCCUCUCACCACUCCUCUGCCUCCAGCCAGUCCCUGACACUUGAUUUUACCUGUUGAUAUACAUGGCUGUCUCUGGUAAUGUCCAGAGGCAGAAUCUGGUAAUAAUAAUAAAAUAAUUUUAUUUAUAUCUCGCCCUCCCCAGCCGAAGCCGGGCUCAGAGCGGCUAACAACAAUAAAAGUAACACAACAUUCUAAAAUCAAUUCAUUUUAAAAUCAAUUCAAAAUCAAAUUAAUGGCAACCAUUGGGCUAGAGUUCUGUGAGGAUUACCAAAGGAAGGGGUCAGACUGUGCCUUGUCCAAAGGCCUGGUGGAACAGCUCUGUCUUGCAGGCCCUGCGGAAAGAUGUCAAGUCCCACAGGGCCCUAGUCUCUUGUGACAGAGCGUUCCACCAGAUCGGGGCCACAGCCGAAAAAGCCCUGGCUCUGGUUGAGGCCAGCCUAACCCCCCUGUGGCCCAGGAUCUCCAAGAUGUUUUUGUUUGAAGACUGUAAGGUCCUCCGUGGGACAUACCAGGAGAGGCGGUCCCGUAGGUACAAGGGUCCUAGGCCGUAUAGGGCUUUAAAGGUUAAAACCAGCACCUUGAACCUGAUCCUACCAACCAAUGCCCUAACUUUUUACAGAGGUAGUCCACCAGCAUACCCUCUAGGAUUUGGCAGAUGAAAACACCCCUGUGCUCACAACCAAGGAGCAAACUCUAUCCAUUCUGCUACCAUACAUUAAAAGUGGGGCCCUGCAUGGUCAAGUGCUUCUUUCCAGGGUCUCAGAAACGCCAUUCCAUUUCUCCUCUUCCCUUUUCAUCUCCAACACUUUGUCAGCACACUGUGCUUGCUGAGCAUACUCAGUCCUCACGGGGUGAUUUCCCCCAUGUUGGGAGGAGGGAAUAGCGGGCAGAUGCAGCCCUAAAACAAAGAUGUCGCUCUUGACCAUGCAACCUGUUUCUCCCUGUGCUUCUUGGUAGUGCUGUCUUUCAGAUUUCUGCCCAAAUGGGAACUGUGGGAACUCUGGGGAAAACUGGCUUGAGCUGGUCAACUGGAUUAAGGUCGUCAGCCAGCCUUGAUGGAGGGGUCCAAGUGAAAAAGGGGAAAGAGGUUAAGGUUUUUCUGAACACUCCCGAAGAAUCUAUGGAGAUGGUUUAUUUCAGGUAAAGUCCACCAGUAAUGCCCAUGUCCUCAUAUUCAAGAAUCUGAAUGAUAAUGUUCUUAAAUGCUUUUUUCUUUCCCAUGCAAAUAUCUGCAUUUGAGUUCUGUAUGGUCGUCCCCCCCCCCCCCCAGUGAAGGCUAGAAAACUUUGGAAAAUUAAUUAAUGGAUGCCCUGAUGCAACAUGUUUCUGGUCUUCACUCCAAGUGCUGGCUUGGAGAUUCCACGAGUGCAACCAUCCUAGUUCACUCUUUCCCAUUCUUGUUUUCAAAUUAGUUUUUCUUAAAACUGGGGAUCAAACCUGAGAUCUUUUGCAUACAAAUCAUAUGCCCUACCUCUGAACUCUUGUCCCUUCCUUAAAUCCAUUGUAAAUAAUAAUAAUAAUAAUAAUAAUAAUAAUAAUAAUAAUAACCACAUGAUGUUGUCUUCCUUGGAUUGAAUUGUGCUGUCUUUGCUUCUUUUUUACAGCUCGGAACUGCAUGCAAUGACCGUGGAUGAAAUGGAAACUGCUCACGGUUUCCCAAGCUAUAGCGAGACUAGAUCAUGCACAAGUGAGGAAGGUAGGUUUUUAUCAUUUACGUCUAAUAUAUAGCAACCAGUUCUCACCUUGCUCUUAACUAUCGUUGGGAGCACGUUCCUUCAGGAGCUAAACGUCCCCCCAAAUUUUGCUUGCAGAAAAUGGAAAUUCUGCAAACAAGGGUUAGCAGCAGAGAGUGUGUAUGAGGAAUAAUGAAUACAGAUUUACGGCAAACUGACGCCUGAGAUGAAUGCAGUUUAGAAAGCAUAGAGUUGAAAGGGACCACGAAGAUCAUCUAGCCCAACCCCUUGCAAUGCAGGAGUCUUUUGCCCAAUGUGUGGCAACCCUGAGAUUAAGAGUCACAUGCUCUACCAACUGAGCUAUCCAGGCAUCCUCUGAACCCAUUCCCUCCUGCUAAUUCCCUUUACCAGCUUCAUCUUUUUCUUUAUCAAGUUUACACCCCAUAUUUCCAUUAAAAAAUGUGUCCUGAGUGGCACAAAAUGAAUGGAAAUAGGCAACCGUAACAAAAUAUAUGAGAAGAUUAAAAACAAGUCAAUAUUAUUAUUAUUAUUAUUAUUAUUAUUAUUAUUAUUAAUUUUUAUUUCUAUUCCGCCCUCUCCAGCUGAAGCCGGGCUCAGAGCGGCUAACAACAAUAAAAGUAACACAGCAUUCUAAAAUCAAUUCAUUUUAAAAUCAAUUCAGAAUCAAAUUCAUGGCAACCAUUGGGCUAGAGUUCUGUGAGGAUUACCAAAGGAGGGGGUCAGGCUGUGCCCUGACCAGAGGCCUGGUGGAGCAGCUCUGUCUUGCAGGCCCUGCAGAAAGAUGUCAAGUCCCGCAGGGCCCUAGUCUCUUGUGACAGAGCGUUCCACCAGAUUGGAGCCACAGCCAAAAAAGCUCUGGCUCUGGUUGAGGCCAGCCUAACCUCCCUGUGGCCCGGGACCUCCAAUAUGUUUUUGUUUGAAGACCGUAAACCAGGAAAGCAGUAAGACCUGUACAGGAUGAAAGUGUGAAAGGAAUCAUGGAGGGUGAGCUGCUAACCCUGUGGCUGUGUUCUACCUGCAUAGUCAGAGACAGUAUGCCUCUCAAGGCCAGCUACUGGGAAUCAAAAGUGGAGAGGGUACUUUAGAGCUCAGGUUUUGCUUGUGGGCUCACCAUAGACAUUCGGUUGGCCACUCCAGGAUGUUGCACUAGACUGGCUCUGGCCUGAUCCAGGGGGCCUCUUCUAAUGUUCUGGUAGAAGACCGGAACAUGACAAAUUAGCCAGAUUAAUUCUUUGUAUUGGAAGGUGUCAGAUAAGCACCAGAACUUUUAUUUUUGAAGGUGGCACCUAAGCAGCGAUGACAAAGGUGGCAAAGGAAAAAACUGCACGAGCUAGGGCUGGAUAAGUCUUCAUUGGAGAGUACAUAAAAUGAUUUAAAUGUGAAAUUAUUUAAAUGCGGGACUUGACAUCUUUCCGCAGGGCCUGCAAGGCACAGCCUGACCCCCUCCUUUGGUAAUCCUCACAGAACUCUAGCCCAAUGGAUGCCAUUAAUUUGAUUUUGAAUUGAUUUUAGACUGCUGUGUUACUUUUAUUGUUGUUAGCCUCUCUGAGCCUGGCUUGGCUCAGAGGGGAGGGCGGGAUAUAAAUAAAAAAAUUUAUUAUGAUUAUUAUGAUUAUGAUUAUUAUUAUUAUUAUUAUUAAAUGACUGAUUGGUUGACAAUGCAGUUUCCUAAAAACAGCCUUUCUCCUUUCUUGGAUUCUCUUCCUUUUACCCACCCCCCCUUCCCACCCCUCUUUCAACCAGUGUCGAAGGCAUUGGGCUGGCAACUGUGCUCCGAGAUCUCUACCCCUGAUGAUGAGACCAGCGGUUUCAUUCUUCCGUUUCCCGGACUAGCAAAAUUUGCCAUAACGUUAAAGAAGCAAGACCGAAGCCUGUACCAGUACUUAAUGAAAGCUGCAUAUAAUUAUAUUUCUCAGGUUCAGACACUGCCCUUCAAUCUGGAUAUGUAUUACUCAUUCCUUCUACAUGCAAUGAUCAGGCUGCAAGGGCCGGCGCAUGUUUUCACUGGUGCGAUGAGAUGGGGCAGAAUGUAGUGGCAACUGCAGAGAAGAAGGGCCUGUGUCCUUGAGAAUUGGCAAAGUGGGGGAGGGGAGUAGAGGCAGGGGACACCGCCCCCUUGCCAUAGCGGUCCUGAUAUAAAGCUACAAUAUAAUGCCCCAUAGAACUUGAAAGGAAAGUGCUAUUUAUAAAUAAAUCCCAACUAUAUAAUAAUUUAUUAUUUAUACCCCGCCCAUCUGGCUGGGUUUCCCCAGCCACUCUGGGUGGCUUCCAACCGAAUAUUAAAAACAAUGCAGCGUCAGACAUUAAAAACUUCCCUAAACAGGGCCACCUUCAGUUGUCUUUUAAAAGUCAGAUAGCUGUUUAUUUCCUUGACAUCUGAUGGGAGGGUGUUCCACAGGGCAGGCGCCACUACCGAGAAGGCCCUCUGCCUGGUUCCCUGUAACCUCACUUCUUGCAGUGAAGGAACCACCAGAAGGCCCUCAGAGCUGGACCUCAGCUCAACUAAUUACUAAAACAACCACCCAUAUGUUUGCAUGAGACUAUUAGAAAGAUGCAUACCUACAGAGUUGCCAUACAUCCAGGAUUUCCCAGACAUAUCCGGAAUCCAACUGUAUCUAGCAGUGUCUGGGCAGAAAUCGGGCAAAUGUCCGGUAAAAUCCGGACAUAUGGCAGCCCAUCUUGGCAGUGCUGUUUUUGCCAAUUUUUGAUAAAAAUAGCUCAAAAAUGGCAAAAUAAAAAUAAAAGUGCACUUUUGCCCAAGAAGGCUCAACAACUUUUCCAUCCGGAUUUUCACAGUUUGAAAUAUGGCAACGCUACCUACCUAUCAUAACUGCAGCUUCAUAGGAUAGCCUCUUUAUAUAUUGUGUUUUAUGAUUGUCUCACAAAGAGCACAUUGCUUUUGUUAACGCCAUAACAUGGGCAAUGAAGAUAAGGCGUUAAGACGCAGUCUGCUGGAUCAGACCAAAGUUAGUUUACACCACAAACGGAUCCAAAAACGUCCAAAUAGUAUCUCUAUAUUAUACUAAUGCAAGUUUACAAAAUCACAUACAAAACAAUUGCAACCACACCAUACACACAACUACCGGGGAAAAGUUUGCUUCGACAAUGAAUCUUUCUGAAACUCCUGCAGAAAAAAUUGGCAAUUUCUAAUUCCUUAGGAAAAAUUAUUUGGCAAACCCCAGCUUGAAUUAAUAGCAGAUCAGGUGCCUGACCUCUCUCCUUCUCUAGAGCCCCAUAACCUUGGGGAGGGCAGCACCCCUCACCUCUCCCCACCACCACCACAGGCUCCACUUAACCAGGCACAUUUUCUCUCAACAAAGCUGAUGCGCACACAUCACCAAUGCAUUGCUUCCUUCCCAUAAUACAGAUACAGUAUUCCCCUCCAUACAUAAAAAGGGCUCAAACAAUAUCUUGUUGCUGGAAUGACCAGACAGUGAGCUGUAUCUGACUAAGUUCUACUCAGAAUAAACUCAUUGAAAUUAAUGGGCUUAAGUUAGCCAUCUGGAGGGCCACAGAUUCCUCACCCCUCCCCUAUAAGCCAGAAAGAGCAAGUUAGCCACAGGUGUGCAAGAACUGCCCAUGUACCCAACUCCCAACAGUUCUACUGCAGGUGUUACUAGUAAGAGCUGUAGUGGUAAUUGUAGUUCUUCUUUUUCUACCCAGAAAGGUUCCUGGAUCCCAAGUGAAGCUGGCCUGCAUUUCUUUAUAGGGACUCCAAAAUCAGAAUUGAAAAGGGAGAUUGCUAUCAACUUCCAUUUGAAUAUCCCUCAAAAGAAAUUCAGAAUUGAAUUUAUCCACCCCAAGAAAAAAAUGCAAGUGAAUGGUAAGAUUCUCACCACCACCCCUUAAAAGGCUGUUGACUUCCAUUUAAAAAUGUGUUGUCUUUCCCUUUGUGAGAGGAGUACGGUAUAUGUAAGGCUUAGGUCGCUCACUAGGAGUAGAGGUCGUGAAUUUUACCUUGGAUAUUAUAAUUAGCACAGGCUCAUGCACUGUUAUUCCCUCCAUAAUGUCCUCACAUAAAUGUCCGUCACCUGAUGAUACCUGAGAUUUGACACAUCCCGUGAAAUUUUCCUUUCAUUCAUUCUGCAGAAUUUGUUAAAUACUCUUAGAUAAUCUACCAUUUAUUCCUGUUUUACAGAUAGGACUACUGUGGUUGAUGAAUGGUGUGUGUGUGUGUGUGUGUGUGUGUGUGCGCGUUUGUGUUUUAUGUAACCAGAAGCACACCAUACUUCCAUGGUAAAUGUGUGACUAGGACCCAAAGUACCCUGCAACUAUGCCAGCUUUCAUGCAUGUGGAUUAUUUUAUUUAUUCGUUUAAUAUUACAUUUCUAAUCUAUCCCCCCUUUCCUCCAUGUUGCUUAAGGUGGGAUACGUGGUUCUUAAUCCUCUCCAUUUUAUCCCCAUGACAGCACUGUGAGGUAGGCUAGGCUGAGAGACUAUGACUGCCCCAAGGUCCCCUCAUGAGCUUCAUGGCUGAAUACUACUACUACUACUACUACUACUACUACUACUAAUAAUAAUAAUAAUACAGUAGUACCUCUGAUUACAGAGGCUUCAGGUUACAGACGCUUCAGAUUACAGACUCUUCUAACCCAGAAAUAGUACCUCAGGUUAAGAACUUUGUUUCAGGAUGAGAACAGAAAUCGCGCGGUGGCGGGAGGCCCCACUAGUUAAAGUGGUACCUCAGGUUAAGAACAGUUUCAGAUUAAGAAUGGACCUCCAGAACAAAUUAAGUUCUUAACCUGAGGUACCACUGUAAUAAUACCGUAUUUUUUGCACCAUAACACUCACUUUUUUCCUCCUAGAAAGUAAGGGGAAAUGUCUGUGCGUAUUAUGGAGGGAAUGCCUACGGAUGGCGGGGGGAUCUGCUGCAGUUGUGAGCAGAGGAUCCAUGGUUCCCCUUCCUUCCCUCCUCCAUGGCUCGCUUUGAAACAGCAAAGUGGGAGAAGAGCCGCUGAGUGGGGAGGAGAGAGGGACAGAGAGCCUGCUUCUUUAAAGGAGCAAAGCGGGAGAGGAGAGGAGCCGCUUACACGAGUGUAAGCGGCUCCUGUCCGGUUGGUUCCUUUAAAGCAAGCAGGCUCUCUGUCCCUCUCUCCUCCCCACUCAGCUCGCUGAAUAGCAUUAUUAGCAGCAUCCUUCUCCACACACCCCAUGCGUGCUCCUUGUCCCUUGAGUGCUUUUCCUUCCCUCCCCACUUAGAACAUGAUUACAAAGCAUGGAUCCACAUGGAUCCUCAGGAUUUUUGCAUUGGGCUACUCCAAACUCACUGUCAGAUCACAUGUCUGUGGCCACAGCAUGAACCACAAAAAGAAUAUUUUUUUUCUUGUUUUCCUCUAAAAACUAUGUGCGUGUUAUGGUCUGGUGCGUGUUAUAGAGCAAAAAAUACGGUAAUUUAUUUAUACCCUGCCCAUCUGGCUGGGUUUCCCCAGCUACUCUGGGUGGCUUCCAGCAAAAGAUUAAAAAUACAUUAAAACAUCAGUCAUUAAAAACUUCCCUAAACAGGGCUGCCUUCAGAUGUCUUCAGUCAGAUAGUUGUUUAUUUCCUUGACAUCUGAUGGGAGGGUGUUCCACAGGACGGGUGCCACUACCGAGAAGGCCCUCUGCCUGGUUCGCUGUAUCCUCUUCUCGUAGUGAGAGAACAAUCAGAAGGCCCUCGGAGCUGGACCUCAGUGUCCGGGCUGAACGAUGGUGGUGGAGAUGCUCCUUCAGAUAUACUGGGCCAAGUAAGGAUUUGAACCCUGGUUUUUCAGGUCCUAGUCCAACACUCUAACCACUACACUACACUGGCUAUCAAUGGACAAUUCAGAAAAUAAAAAUCACAUACACAUCCUUCUGUAUCUAUCAGGAAACAUUGAGGCCUCUAGAAAUUCACGUGUGGGGCAUCUGGAACUGAUAGUUGAUGAUGACAACAUCUACUACAUCAAGGUAAGCGUGCUCUUGCAACCAAGGAUAUUGUGAGCACAGCAUGGCAUGGGCAAAGGAACAAGAUGAUAAGCUGCUCACUAGAGCAGAGAGCUGUCUGCCUUGAUUGUGCAACAUCCUUCCUAAGGUCUAUAAUAUAAAGGUAAAGGGACCCCUGACCAUUAGGUCCAGUCGUGGCCAACUCUGGGGUUGCGGCGCUCAUCUCGCUUACUGGCCAAGGGAGCCGGCGUACAGCUUCCAGGUCAUGUGGCCAGCAUGACUAAGCCACUUCUGGCGAACCAGAGCAGCACCCGGAAACGCCAUUUACCUUCCUGCUGGAGUGGUACCUAUUUAUCUACUUGCACUUUUUUGGCAUGCUUUUGAACUGUUAGGUUGGCAGGAGCAGGGGCCGAGCAACGGGAGCUCACCCCAUCGCGGGGAUUCAAACCGCCGACCUUCUGAUCGGCAAGUCCUAGGCUCUGUGGUUUAACCCACAGCGGCACCUGCGUCCCAAGGUCUAUAAUGCUUCCCACAGCUAUUGCUUGCCAUUGGCUAUGUUCCCUCUCCACUCACAAAAGGUGGUAUGCCUUUGAAUGCCUGUUUCUGGGAAUCUCACAUGGGAAGAGUGCUAUUGCACUCAAGUUCCGCUUGCAGGUUUCGCAGAGGCAUCUAGUUGGCCACUGUGAGAACAGGAUGAUGGACUAAACUUGGUUGGUUAGAACAUGGUGCUGAUAACCCCAAGGUUGCAGGUUCGAUCCCUGAAUGAGACAGCUAGAUAUUCCUGCAUUGCAGGAGGGUUGGUUAUCAGGGUUCCUUCCAACUCUACAAUUCUUCCCCCCCCCAAAAAAAAUUGUUUAUUCAUUUUAUAACACAAAUAAAAAACACAAACAGAAAAGACAAACAAUACAAACCAAUUCUUAUCAUAUCCUUAUUUUUCUAAACAUUGUUAAGUGGGCUUCCCCAAGUCCCACCUAUCUGAUUUUCAUUUUACUUCAUCUUUAGCAGUUUGCAUGUAUCAUAAUUUCUAACCAUCUUUUUUAUUUUUAAUCACACUUAAAAUAACUUCACAUUUUAUCACUUACAAAUAAUACUAUUUUAAAAUAUCCUAUCUUCUACUUCUAACCUUACAGCCUAUAUCCACUUCCAAAGCCAUUCUAAGAUUUAAAUAUUAACAUAUUUUUUUCAAAUAUUCCUUAAACUCCUUCCAACUCUACAAUUCUAUGCUUCUAUGAUUAGGUGGGCCUUUGCAUUGCUCCAGCUGAGCACUUCUUAUGUCCUUACAUUUUCUGUUUAAGGAUGCCCUAUUGGGUGUGUGUUUUUUUGCAGGGAAGGACAGAUCUGCACACGGCAGCUGCAGAGCAGAGGUACACAAGCCACCUGGAAGUGAAGUUGCUGAGAGAUGGGAGCCCCAUAGUUCUUUCAGGAAAUCUCACAAAACAGCCUGGGAAGAAGAUGGCAUUUUCAGUAUCCUUGAUUAAUCUACUGAAGGACUCUGCUUUCCUUUCAGGUCAGUGCAUAUCACAAGAGGUGUGUGCCUUUUUGUUUUAUUUAAUAAAAUGCAUAUACUGCUCAAUUGUAGGAUAAACCUCAAAGCAGUUUAUGGAAAAGAUAAAGCAAUAAAAUUAUCCCUUAAAAAACAACAACUCACAACCAUAAUUUCAAACAUAUGGAAAGUUAAAAACCAAACCAGAAUAGACUAAAACAAAUGAAAACUCAUAUUAGCUUUCUAAACAUCUGAGUAUAGGUAAAGGUAAAGGGACCCCUGACCAUUAGGUCCAGUCGUGGCCGACUCUGGGGUUGCGGCACUCAUCUCGCUUUAUUGGCCGAGGGAGCCGGCAUACAGCUUCCGGGUCAUGUGGCCAGCAUGACUAAGCCGCUUCUGGCAAACCAGAGCAGCGCACGGAAACACGGUUUACCUUCCCACCAGAGUACCUAUUUAUCUACUUGCACUUUGACCUGCUUUCGAACUGCUAGGUUGGCAGGAGCAGGGACCGAGCAACAGGAGCUCACCCCAUCGCGGGGAUUCGAACCGCCGACCUUCUGAUCAGCAAGUCCUAGGCUCUGUGGUUUAACCCACAGCGCCACCCGCAUCCCAAACAUCUGAGUAGGCUUGUCUAAAUAAGAAUAUCUUCAGCAGGUGCUGAAAAGAAUACAGUGAGAGCACCUGCCUGAUAUCAAGAGGCAGGGAGUUCCAAAGUACCAAACUAGACAAUCAAGUUCCUACAGAUGCGGUGAGGGUAUUAUGUGUCCAUACGAGCAUCUCACAAGUUCAUUGAACACCUGACCAGGGAGUGGGGCUGUGCCCACUAGUCCUUUUUCCUGGCUGAUGGUCAUGCUGGACACGUGUGUUUUGCUAUGCUUGCUUUCCUGCAGAUGGGUUAUUGUUGUUUAUUGGGGGGGGAAGGGGUGGUGCAAACGCAUUAGCAGAACUAGUCUGGUGAUCCUGCUGUGCAUUUGCACUUCACAGCCUUCCCCGCCCCCUCCCACCUGCCAGGAAACUGGCGCAGCAACUCUUUCCCACCUGGCGAGCCACUUCUGCAGGUAUCUGAUCUCCCAAUGGUAUCAAUUGAUGGUACUGUUUCUAUCGUUUCUUUAGUGUGUAUGGAGAAGAAAGCAGAUGAUAAGCUGAAGCAGUAUUCACUGGAGGGAGAAACCCACAUUCCAGGGGUUCUUGGAUCUCACAUCGUUGCUCUUCUGCAACAGCGAGGGGACAUCUGGUCCAGCGCCCUGAAAAUUAAAUAUGGAUUGUUUGGUAUUCAGUUCUUAUACUGUACUAAUACAACAACAAAGUUGAGCUUUAUUGCCUUUGUCAGUGUUGUUCUUGCUCUCGUGCAGAAGGAUCUGAUUGGCUACUGUGGGAAAUGGGAUGCCGGGCUAGAUAGAGCCUUCAUUUAAUAUGGCAGGGCUGUUAUGUUCUUAAUGCAAGGUUUAGGGAUGAGGAAGAAAUUUGAUUCAGUCCACACAUAAAGGUGAACUUAACUUAAUUUGCACUUUCCAAAACAAUUUCACAAACCAGAAUGCAGCCACCUUUCAAAAUUUGCACUUCUCUGAAUUUUGCAAUGCAAUUCUCCAACCAAGUAAUGUGUAUAAAAAUUCAUAUGCUGGGGGUAAGCCAUGCAUAAAAUGCAUGUAUUACUGAAAAUCACAUGCAAAAAUGCAUUAUAUAAGGGGAAUUUGUUUGCAAAAAAUGUGUAAGUUAGGAAAGAUUGCACAUAGAAAUGUGUAUAUCAGGAGAACUUUUCAUUAGAAUCAUGAUAAAUUUUCACAAACCUAUGUGGAGAACUGAACUUAAGACUGGAAAAAUGAGAAGCUGUAAGAAACCAGAAUGGACAGAGUCACACAUCCCUCAUGAGCGUAGCAUCUGCCUUCCCUAUUAGCAGUGACUGCGCCUGAGUGCUGUGAAAACAGAAUAAUGUCAUUUAGUAAAUAUCUCUGUAUGUACAUUUGUGUUUUACCUGGAGCAGGAGCUGCAAAAAGCCUUCAGCAUGAAUGUACCACGGGCCAGAAGUUGAAAGUGGAGAAUGUCCCAAAGGAUGCCUACCGGCUAGAUUUGGAGCAUGAAUUCUAUUGCACUCAGAUUCUAGCCUACAACCACAAGGUAAAGCAUUUAGUUCAUUUACCGCAUGGGUAGGCAAACUAAGGCCCGGGGGCCGGAUCCGGCCCAAUCGCCUUCUAAAUCUGGUCCACAGAUGGUCCAGGAAUCAGCAUGUUUUUACACGAGUAGAAUGUGUCCUUUUAUUUAAAAUGCAUCUCUGGGUUAUUUGUGGGGCAUAGGGAUUCAUUCAUUCCCCCCCCCCCGCAAAAAAAAUAUAGUUCAGUCCCCCACAAAGUCUGAGGGACAGUGGACCAGCCCCCUGCUUGAACAAGUUUGCUGACCCCUGAUUUACCAGAACAAUUAUGAAUCCUGAGAAAUGGUGCUGAAUCCAGAUUUCUUCCUCAUGGAAACUAAAUAAUGAAGACGCAAGAUGCACUCUUGUGAGAAGGGAAUUCAACAACUUAGCAGCUGCCACAGAGAUCUGCUUUUACCUGAUGCUGAAAAGUGGGGUGGAGUUGGCUCUAGGUUAGGAUGUGGGCAUUGUGUAAGAGAUGUGACAGUACAGGUCACUCCACAAUCUGCACACACACACACCCAGCUAUGGGUAGCUGUUAAGGUUGGGGAUGGAGGUGAAAUUUGUUCAGUCUGCUUUUUGCAGCAUACCAUUCCAAUUUGACUGUCCCGCACUAGCUUGCAGAUCACAAUACAAUUCCCCAUCAACCAGAUAUUUCAAUGCAGCAUCGGUAUACAGAAAGUGCCCACAAAAAUAGGUAUUUUAUGGUUUAAAUGUGUGCCAAAUGUGUAUUAUAAAAGCAAUGCACUGAAAAGCAUGGCAAAAUAGGAAUUUUGGGAGAAACGUGUGCAUUAAUGCACAUAAUAAAAUAUACAGCUUAAAUGCGAACUUUUUGUGCAUUCUUUCAAAAAUAUCUGCACAAAACAGGGUGGAAUGAAUGCUAGGAUUUGAACACCAGUCUGAAUGAAACGGGGCUGAUUUAGAUUCCUCUGUCCAUUCCUGGCAGUGCAUGAUUGAGAAGCCCGUCACCGCUGAAGAUUUGAGGACACGAGUGGGCUGCUAUAAGGAAUGUAGUAAUUAUUUAGUGCCAAUUAUAAAACCCGAGUUGCUUUUCCGCAGGUCGAUCUACGUCAUGAAGAAACUGUCUCUCGCCUGCAUUCCCGACUAGAGCUGAACUAUGGAAAACACUGGGACGAAAUCAACAACAAGCGGCGAGUGAUAGUCAGCCAGACAUUUACAAAUAGUUCUCGUCCAGCUCUGACUAGCUAUUUCAUGGAGGUAAAAGUAAAAGACCCAGUGGUGUUGCAGCAGUUGAGAUGAUGACUAAGGAAUUGCACCUCAGUGAAAACCUCUAAAGAUGAUGGAGAUGUCUCUGUAGCUGGUGGGAAAUAAGUCCUCUUGUUCAGAUAUUAUCUUCAAAGGUUGCAUCCACACCAUAUGUUUAAACCACUAUUAUCUCACUUUGAACAUGUAGGAAUAACAGAGACGACAGAAGGUUGGAUGCAGGUGAGCUGUGCAGAAGCACGCUGGCAAGCAUGCUCCAAGACAAGCUGCCGGCUAACUUUGCAGAGGCUCCUUUUAUUAGCAGAAUUAAACAUAAUUAAAGAAGGGGAGAGCUAUCAAAAAUAUUUAGUAAUUUUUUAUUAAGGUUUUAAACAAAGAAAAAAGAAAAACAACACACACAAAAAACAAUACAAAACUUAACAAUAAAAACACAAAACAUAACAAUUAAAAACAAACUCUCUUUUCCAUUUCCAAUUUUAAAUUACUUAUUUUCUGGACUUCCUCAUACCUCCCUCUUUUGUAUUCCAAUCCACAUUAUUUGUCCAGCAGUUUCUUUUCCACUUUUUAAUCCCAAUCUUUAAUUUAAUAAAAUGUUAAAAUAUAUAACUUCAACUUUUUUAAACCUAAUCCUUGCUCUUAAUGUCAUAUAGCUUUAAAUUUUUCCCUUUUAUUAUCAAAUUUCCAUUUCUUUAAACAUCUUUAAUCUUAAUCUUUAAUCUUAAUCUAUCCUUAACUUUAACCUGUACAGCUGGAAACCACUUAUUUUCAAUCCAACAUCACUCUAACAUUCCUUAAUUUUGCAGUGUUUCUGAAGAUAGUCUUUGAAUUUCUUCCAGUCUUCUAUCAAAAAUAUUUAGGAGGGGGAGAUGUGGCGGUAAUGCUCCGCUUUGUGAAGGAAAACCUCGCACCAGACGUGCAGCAGUAUAUCAAGGAGCUUUACGCCCGCUUUCCCUGACCUUUUGCCUUCUUGGCUAGAAAACAGGGUUUUCCCCCAAUCUUUUGUCCUUUCACAAUUUGUUAGACAUAUCGCUUGGCUGGAGCAUGACGGGGGACGCAGACGUAAUCAAGUAUCGGGGGAAAACAUUCAAGGGAAGCACCUGCUGACACGUGUAUUUGCUAAUGCUGAAAAUGUGCUUAGAUGGAAAUAUGUUAAGUUCAGGGUGGUUUCACUACUGUUUCCAAUUGUUGACUUCUGCUAUUAAAAGGAGCCUCUGAAGAGCUAGUCGGCAGCUUGCUUGGAGCAUGCUUGCCAGCGUGCUUCUGCACAGCUCACCUGCAUUCAACCUCCUGUCGUCUCCGUUAUUCCUACAUAACAGUCAUGGCGUCCCCCAAAGAGUCCUGGGAGGUUUGGAGCUGGCGUUUGUUAAGGGUGCAGAGAGUUGUUAGGAGACUUCCCUAUUUACCUUGCAGAACUACAAUAUUCAGAGUAGUUUAACGGUCAAGCCCUCUUCCCAGGUAACUGGGAAUUGUAGCUCUGGGAAGGGAAUAUGGAGGGUCUCCCAGUCAUGUGCAUGAAUUCCUGGGGGCUGAGGCUCUUUGGGUCCCCUCAAUGUUUUUUUAGUGCAACCCCCCGCCCCCCGCCACCACCACCAUUGCUCAGGACAUUGCCAGGACGUUGCACAUGUGAUGUCAGGAAAUCAUGUCGGGUCCCCUUAAUACGAUACGAUCAUCUUUAUUGUCAUUGUCCCAUACAGAACAACGAAAUUGAAAAAAUCUACAGCAGACAUUCAAAAACCAACAAGCCUGCUAUCCCAGCUAUCCCAGCCUGGUUAACCCCUAAAAACUCUGAUACCCCAUAAUUGAAUACAAUAUACUCACAUAGAGACUACCUUACACUGCGUUUAAAACCAAAAUUGCAUUUGGAUAGAAACUGUUUCUCAGGUGGCUAGUCCUAGUCUUUAUAACCCUGUAAGGUAAAGGUAAAGGGACCCCUGACCAUUAGGUCCAGUUGUGACCGACUCUGGGGUUGCAGUGCUCAUCUCGCUUUAUUGGCCAAGGGAGCCGGCAUACAGCUUCCGGGUCAUGUGGCCAGCAUGACUAAGCUGCUUCUGGCGAACCAGAGCAGCGCACGGAAACGCCGUUUACCUUCCCGCUGGAGCGGUACCUAUUGGUAUACACAAUAGCGGUACAAUGCCACCCAGCUCACCGCUGUUGUAUAUACCAUGAGUACGCAGCUUCACUUUGAACUGCCGGUAGUCUCUCUUCUGUCGUAUGAAAUGCAGCCCCCCUUUUUUUGUCCCCCAGUUCACCAUUCAAGUGCCCGAAAAGCAAGUGGAUUACAGAACUCAGCUCCAGCACUCCUGUUCCAUACAGAGUUCCACGGAAAUAAGCACCCACUUCAAAGUGCACUAUAACAACCGCAUCCCUUUUGUGGUGGGGCUGCAGUGGAAAGAGACAUCAAGGCAUUCUCUGAAGAAAUGGGAAGGUAUCCACAAACACACACACACACACCCUACACAAGGCUUGUUUUCAUAUUUGGUUUUAAUAUUUGUAGUCUGCUUUUCCAACAACAGAUGUUGGAAUCGGCUCACGAUAAUAACAAAGGCAUUGGCAAACAUACUCUGCAUGCUCUGAACAGAAAAGCAGCCACUUCUGAACAUUUUAAGAAAGGUGUAUAUUCUGUGUAGACACACACACACACACACACACACACACACAAAAAGAGAGGGAGAGAGAGUUGUUGGCAUUCGUCUUCUCAAGAGACAAUGGAGUGUGCCUAGAGGGGUGAAGUAAAAAAACUGCACUAGCAGCACCGAAGUGAUCUCCCCAGGUCACAACUCCAUGUCAGACAAGCCAUGCUCAUCUCCCCUACACCUGACAUCCUAUAAGAUGUAAAUUGUGGGGCAGGUAAAGGUGAGACCUGUUCAGAGGGGACUCAGCAACAGAUACAGUGGUACCUCAGGUUACAUACGCUUCAGGUUACAUAUGCUUCAAGUUACAGACUCCACUAACCCAGAAAUAGUACCUCGGGUUAAGAACUUUGCUUCAGGAUGAGAACAGAAAUCGUGCUCCGGCGGCGCGGCGGCAGCAGGAGGCCCCAUUAGCUAAAGUGGUGCUUCAGGUUAAGAACAGUUUCAGGUUAAGAACAGACCUCCAGAACGAAUUAAAUUCUUAACCCAAGAUACCACUGUACAACUAAACAUUUAUUAAAUGAGGAACGAUCAUUCUUUUUUUCAAAGGACAGAUAGUGAACUACCAGGGGAAAUUGGCCAUUUAGGUUUAUUUGGGCCUGAGUUAACUCCUGUUGAUGUUACUUUCACACUGAUAAGCAUUUAGCGAUGGCCUGAUAUCUAGACACAUUUGAUCAGAACUGAAUAGCAUUAACAGAUGCAGCUUUCCGUUCUUUGUAAGGUACGUUCAACAUGGACACACCCUGGCUGUACCUGUUUGCCGCUCACAAGCUACACCAGCCCCAGCAUUCGGCUUAUUUAGCAACCAUUGAAUUAACCGCUGGGAAGGCCUUUGUGGUCAAGGGCCUACUUGUGGAGGUCUUCUGCAAGGACAGAGAUGACAAGAAGGAAGGGAGAAUUCUGAUCCACACGCCAACCGCCACCUACUUGCAGGUUAGUUCCCAUGUCAACCCUGCCUUUGUCCUAAUGCUUUUUCAUCAUCUGCUGAUGUUUGUAUUCCAUGGCCAUGAGAGGUUGGAAAUGGGAUUGUCCUAGCGGCAGUUUAGUUUAUUUGGUCCAUAGGUCAUAAAUAUCAGAUAUGGUAGAAUCAUUGAAUUGUAGAGUUAGAAGGGAUCACGAGGGUCAUCGAGACCAACUGCCUGCAAUGCAGCAAUCUGUUGUUUGUACUUUAGUAGAAGAAACCUUAGAAGAACCCAGAACCAUCACUCUAAAUUUUCAGGCAUCUACAGUCAACUACUUUGCAAGUGGGUUUCUGCACAGCCAAAGUGAAGUGGUGUCUCUGUGGAACCAGCACAUAAAGAAUGAGAUUCGCCUAGAAAAUAACGAAAAGACAAAGUUUCUCCAUUUCUGUAUAAAGUCUGCAAAGCAAGAACUCAACAUGACGAUGGCUUACUUUCACCUGGAGGUGGUAAGAUGGUCAGAGCUAUAGGCUGUUUACUGUUAUUGGGGCAUUUUUGUCUAGGACAGGAAUAAGAGACAUGACAGAUGGGCAAAAAAUUAUGUAUGGUGUAGCUAAAGCUGUGGUUUGAAAUUUGUCUUACUUUCCCAUAAGGAUGGGGGGGAAAUGGGUUUCAUUUCAAUGUGAAUCUACCAUAUUCGCAUUGCCCAAAGCAAUGUGCAAAGCGAAACACAGCCAUCCUUCAAAAUUCACACAUCUCUGAAUUUUGUGAUGUUCUCCAGUUAAAUAAUAUAUAUAAAAAGUGUGCAUAGUUAUUCAUGUGAGCGAAAAUAGCAUUCAAAUGCAUUGUAAGGGACAGUUUGCAUAACACAAAGGAGUGUAUUUGGCAAAAUUGCAUACAAAGUUUAUGUGUGAAUAGAAAUGCACACUAAAAUGCAGGCGAAUCCUAAUUUGCUAUGGGCGCUGAGAAUUAUUAGGAGACCCCUAUUUCCCUCAGAGAGCUGCAAUUCCACAGUUCCCUGGGAAGAGGAACUGACCGUUAAAGCACUCUAGAAAUUCUAGGUCUGGGAGAACUCCUUAAUAAACUACAGUUCCCAGGAUUCUUUGGAGGAAACCAUGGCUGUUUAAAGUGGUAUCCUAGUGCCUUGCAUGUGUAGUGCAGAUGGGGACUCACUUGGAUUAUCCUGGUGGUCUGGAUAGCUGACAUCCUUAAUCUGAGAUCCAGAGGAUGCCCUAACAACAUAUGUGGUUGCCAUCUUUCUAUCACGGGUGGGCUAUCCUGUUUCGCUGCCUGAAGCAAAAUGGCAAUGUGCCAGAACCCCAAUCCUCUGUAGUUAUUGUUUGUCACACGAGUUUGAUGUACAGGGAUCAUUAUGGAUAGACGAGCGCUGUGUCAUUAUAUUUUUUGUAAUUGUAUUCCUAUGUUUAAUUGCAUGUUCAAAAACUUUGUGGGUUCAAAGUGGCAUUUUACUGCCCACUUUUUGCAGCAUUUUAUGCAUACUUUUCUCUCUCCCACCCGCCAAUUCUGUGCCUGUGCCUGAAUUUGAUUUCUUGGUCACAGCCUAGGAAGGCAAACAUUUCUGUGCAGGUUUUGUGGACGGAUCACAAGACCCCGCCACCGCUUGUGCUGCAGUUUGAGGCACAGAUAGAAGAAGUCAAGAAGGAGAAAAUGCUCUACCAAAAACGUGGGACUGUCCUGUUCAGGUACUUUAAUUCCCACCCAUCCUGCUCCAUUCAUAUUCUCCAUUUGGGUAAAGAAAACAAAAAGAUAUUUCACCUCUCUCAAUCAACACAGUAAACGUCAAUGCAAAUAUAUACUUGCAAGGAAUUGCUCCUUCAGUAAGACAGCACCUGCUCUCUGGAACUCCCUGCUCAUUUAUAUUAAGCAGAUGCUUUAAGUGUAAUGUCUUUGGUGUCUGCUAAAAGCUUUUUUCGUUUGGACAACCCUAUCCUGACUUUCUUUGCCCUCUUCCCUUGCAAUUCUAAACACUGGUUUAGAGGCAACCAGAAGGUUGUGCUACUGUUAAAAUAAUCCAGAUUAGACAAUGGUGCAUUUUAUUAACUGAACUAAUGUGACAUGAUAAUAUAUUUACUGGGAAGCACUGUAAUAUUUACAUAGGGCGUUAUUGCAUUGUAGCAGCUUGAGCCGAAGGAAAUUCAGGGUGAGGUUUCCCAUCUUCUGUGUUUCAACUGAAAGUUCCUUACUUAUUUUAUUCACAUCCCAGGCACCCGUUUAAACUGCCCAUCCCGCAAAGCUUUCUCCUCCAAGAAACCUUCACUCUGAACAAAAAGGAGAAGCAUUAUUUCUUGGAAACAAAAGUUUUGAUCAACGAGCUUGAAGAGUCUGUUCAAACUCUCACACUCAGCUACCAAGCUGAAAAUCCGCAUGUGAGUGAAAUUUACGAAACCAUCUGCCUGACCAGCCCACCCCCACCCCCCAUAACCUUUUCAAUAGCAAAGCAGCCAUGAAAUAAGCUAUGCAUCUGUGUAAAGUUUCUUUGGUUUUGGUUUUGUUUUUUUGGUCUUCUUCCCAACCCUGCACCCAUCUCCAGGUUUGUGCUGGAUUGACGCAUCCAUACAACAGCAACUUCUUCCCCAAAAAUAUAGAAGUUUGCGCCAUAACACGAAAUCUCAGCUAUGUAAGUAAGUUUGAUGAGAUUGAGGGAAUGAUUCAUUAUGCAUAAAGUCGCCUCAGGGGAGAUUAUGAAGACAUUCUGGCUACAACCCUGGUUUUAUGGCCAUGUCCACACUGUACAUUUAAAGCACUUAUAUACCACUUUAAGUGGAUGCUGGUGGCGUUGUGGGUUAAAGCACAGAGCCUAGGACUUGCCGAUCAGAAGGUUGGCGGUUUGAAUCCCCGCGACGGGGUGAGCUCCCGUUUCUCGGUCCCUGCUCCUGCCAACCUAGCAGUUCGAAAGCACGUCAAAGUGCAAGUAGAUAAAUAGGUACCGCUCCGGCGGGAAGGUAAACACCGUUUCCGUGAGAUGCUCUGGUUCGCCAGAAGUGGCUUAGUCAUGCUGGCCACAUGACCCGGAAGCUGUACGCCGGCUCCCUCGGCCAGUAAAGUGAGAUGAGCGCCGCAACCCCAGAGUCAGCCACGACUGGACCUAAUGGUCAGGGGUCCCUUUACCUUUAUACCACUUUAAAGAGUUGUGGUUUCCCCCAAAGAAUCAUGGGAACAGUAGUCUGUUAAGGGUGCUGAGGGUGGUUUGAAGACCUUCUCACCACCCCUCGCUCUACUAGCACAACCAUCCAGAGAGCUCACAUGAAGUAGAUGCUGCUGCUUCCUGUCCUCAGUUUGGCCAUUGCUCACUUGCUUGACAAAUCCUGCUGCCAGCCCUCCUAACCAAAGUUAUGGUCUCUGAUGCAUUAGAUCUGUAGACAGUCUCUCCAGAUUUAGACAAAGGUGCUGCUUUGCUGAUCUGGCACUUUUAAAUACUCAUUAUAUCAACCCACAGGUGAAACGGGAGAUCGAAGUGACCCUAAAGGUCAACAGGAAAGAGGCUCUCAGCUUCCUGGGCAAAUAUCAGAACCAAUCUAGCAUGGCUGAUUCCCAACACCUGGUACAAAUGGAUAUGACACAUGCAUUCCAGGUACUUACCUUUUAGAGAAGAGGCACCACCUUCUCUUUGCCUGUCUCCAUCCCAUUUAACUUCUGAGGGUUUUGGCAAAUAAUGUAUAGGUCGCUCGCUGUGUUUCAUUUCUUUCUAUUCUCAUCAGGAUACCUGGGGUUUUUUUAAAAAUAUAUCCAGCUGUGGGCUUCUGUGGAACGAUGGACAGGAUAUAAAUUUAAGAAUUUAAUUAAAUUAAAAACCAGCUUAUGCUUGCCAAUCUAAAAUCCAGAUGUUUUGAUCUACAGCUCUCUACAGCACCAGACUGGGGCUGAUGGUGGCUUAGUCCAAACAUCUGGAAGGCAAUAGGUUGGCCAAAACUGCUAUCAUCCAGUCAACCACCAGCAUAUUGUAUUAUGUGCAGCUACAGUGCGGAAGCAGAUCUUGCAAUCCCCGUUGCUCAGACCCCAGUGAUAUCCGUGGAGCUUCCAUGAGCACAGAGGACCAUAGGGUUGUGUCUGCAUUAUGACAUGUCUAUAGGGUGGCUGUGUGUCCUCCUUUACAGUGGUCAGGCCUCCAUUUGAAGGGUUGUCUGGUUCAAGCCCAGUUUAACAAUCAAGGAAACCUGAGAAGGGAGAGCAGGAGAUGCUUUGAAGUCACCAAUCCAAGAGUUAGCACUUGCACAGCAGUCUGAGCAAGGCUCGUCCAGUCACAAUCUUCUCCGUUAGAGUGAGAUGCAUUUCUAUUCAAAUGAUAGUGAUUGGGUUGAAGCUGGUGCUUAUCCUACUCAGAGUAGACCCAUAGAAAUUAAUGGACCUGUUAGUAAUGUUCAAUGAUGUGCUCUGAGAAUUGAAUACAGCCCAUAUCUCUCAAACAAGCAUCCAUACAUAUGAAUUAGCAUAUGCAAUUUUUCAUGUAACGUCUCUUUAUUGCAAUGCAUAAGUAGCCAUGCUACUUGCCUGGCAACAAACUUUAACUUCUUUAAUAACCACGGCUUCCAAAUGGAGAACCUGGGGGAGACUAUAAUGUGGCCUGCAGUAAAGUCAUGCAAGAUGAGUCAGAACAUCUUCUGCUAAUCUGAAGAAAGGGAUAACUUGUUGCGUUUCCUUCCUACUAGCUCAAGUUUCCACAGUCGGUUGCUAUGAGGGGGGAGCUCUUUGCAAGAGAAGCUGGACUGGCUGAUUUUGCAUCCGGUGUGACAAUAACAGCUACUAUCGACCAACAGGAUACUUCGCAGGUCAGGUUUCGUACUAGCCUUUUAUGUAACUAAGAGGACCUCUAGACCAGACUUUCUCAGCCUUGGGUCCCUAGAUGUUGUUUGACGACAACUCCUAUCAUUCCUAGCCAGCAUAGGAAGUGGUCAGGGAUGAUGGGAGAUGUGAUUCAAAAACAUCUGGGCACCCAAUGUUGAGAAAGGCAACAAAUCCACUUUUUAAAAAAAUCCCAGACACCAGGAAAGAGAGAGGAAAAUGCACUGGAAAGUGUGGGACGAACAAAUAUUGGCAGAACUGUCUCCAGGCAGACAUUUUUCCAAGUCAUUGCAAUGUAGACAUUUGUCCAUUUUAACCUACCCUCUGUAAUUAUGAUUGCAGCCAAUACUAUCCAUGGUUGGAACCUUCUAUUAACCCAAGGGCGAGGUUGGAACAGAAGCACGCAUGUGCUGAAAGGGGGAGCAGCAAUGUUGUCCAACGAUGUCCAUUGCCAUGUCACAUCAUGCCCACUGGUGUCAAUGAAAUUUAGCAUGAUGUGCCAGUAUAUCAGUCAGAAAGCCACAACUCCAUAACCCAACAGAUACUGCAGCACGAAAGGAGCUUUAGAAAAUGGGACGGAAGUGGUAGAAGUAUAAUCAAGAAAGCUAACAUAAUAUUCCCUGUGUCUGAAUGUACUCCCCUCUUCUGUAUCAACAGUUUACAGCUUGGCUGAAUGGAACCAAGACUGGGUUUGGAAUUUAUUCACAAUUUUCUCACUUGAAUCAAUCAAACUUUCCUCCAAGUUUUCAGGUACCAAAAUUCAUAUUCCCUGACAGCAGAGCAGCAAUUUACAUUAAGUCUUCUCCUCUCUUUCCCCCUAUCUAUUGUUUUGUUGAAGUGAUCCUGGAGUUGUCAGUCUUCAGGGUUUUCUCCAGCUCAGAUUCUGAUCUGGGGUGAAGACAAAGUAACAGAAUCCUAAGAAUCACAGAAUGAGAGGGGCUUGGAGGCCAUCUUGUCUCCCCUCCUGCUCAGGGCCAGCCUGCCCAUGAGAAACUUAUGUUCCAUAGAAAUCUACCCACCUGUAGUGUAUGAAUACUAGAUCUCAACCUGCCCUCUGCAUGAAUGUUGGGUAAAAUUGCAAUAAAAAUGUAUGUACUGGGAAAAAUUCACACUAAAAUGCUGGUGAAUUUCAUUGAAGUGUUUCUUUUUUAAAUUGCAAGCUGAUGUGAAAAUGUGGAGAAUGUAAUGUAAGUUUGGAAAACAAGAGAAACUGAGGGAAACAAAAAAAUUGACAGAUUUGGCUUUGAGAUUUGGGGUGGGGGAGGAUGGGACUUAUCCUUGGUCGGGCUGCACCCCGGUUGACCCAUGGAGUGCUUGUUUUGUUUUUUCCCUGCGCUUAGGCCCACGCCACCACAAACCGAUACAGCAGGAAUGGUCUCAAUGGAUCCUUUUGCCUUCACUCCGGCAGAAAGGACCUUGUGUUGCUGGAGGCGGACUUCAAUGGUGAGAUGAGGAAGGAUGCCGGAAGCAUCAGAGUGAGCGCUCUCCUAAGACAGGCAAUUCUGACGCAGUUCAGAUAUUUGUGGCUGCAGUUCAAUGGCAAGAUGUCGCCAACCAGGUAAAGAAAGCAGCAACUGGGACUGUAGCCCAAACCUUUAUUGUGUAGCCAGAUAUCAUCAUCAGUUAUACAAUAAAUAAGGGAGCACAACUCAAAAUAUGGUUCAAAGCAAACUAAUAAGAUAAUCAGGUGUGAUGUUCAAUAUAUAACAGAAGUAUGGAGCCCCACUGGGAAAUUACACUGCAUGUACUCAGGGGAUGUUCUGUUCCACCUGUUAAAGGCUGAGCCUUGGCACUCAGAAUAGGUUCUAUACCUGAGCUCAGAUUAUUCAGCUCUGAAUCUGCUCUCUGGCCUGCCAGUAAGAGCUGGAAGGUUGAUGGGGAACAGGACAAGGCCUCUUCUCUCGUGGCCCCACAGCUAUGGAAUGCCCAGCCCAAGACAGAGGACAGUACCUCUUGACAUGGCUCAUGGCUACAAGUUAAAACUAUGGAUUUUACUCCCACAAGAGGUAGUGAGGGCCAGUGGCGUAGCAUGGGGGUGACAGGGGUGCUUGCCCCAGAUGCAAAAUUUGUUAGGGGUGCAAAAUUUCGACACCCGCUGCUACCUCAAUACAGCUGCAUGCUUUCGUCACUGGGAUCCAUUGAAAAUGGCUUCCUUAUGCAAACCAGGAAGUGGCCUCUCCUGACAACGCAACAACUCUUUUCUUAGCUCUGUGGCUAUCAUUUCCUGGAUGACGCCUUAGCCAGUUGAAAGCACAUGCGUACUCUGUCCGUUUCCCGCCCGCCCGCCCCUCCGCCUGGCUCCAGGUGCUGGCAACCCACGUUACACUACUGGUGAGGGCCACCAACUUGGGUGGCUUAAAAAUAGGCUUAGACAAAUGCAUGGAGGAUUAAGUUGUUGGCGGCUACUGGCUCACAAUGGCUAUGCUGUACCUCCAGGGUUGGAGGUGGUAGCUCCUGGAAUACCAGCUGCUGGGAAUCACACAUGGGGAGAGGGCUUUUGCGCUCAGGUCCUGCUUGCAGGUGUUCUGUGGGCCUCUGGCUGGUCACUGUGAGAACAGGAUGCUGAACUAAAUGGGCCACUGGCCUGAUCCAGCGGGCUCUUUCUAUGUCAUGAUAAGCCAAGAACCUUGACUUAUUAAACCAGUUUGCCAGUUGCAUGCUUCUGCUGCAUGUAAUGCCAAUGCCCUCCCGCCAUCCAUUUGCUUUUACAAAGGCCAUAGAUUACCCAUCCCUGUUGUAGGUAGCCGUGGUUCAGCAGUGAGGAUGACUGAGCUGUCAUUCCCUGUCUAUUUCUACUGACUGCUUGCAUUGCCUUCCUUCUUGCCUCCAGAGCUAUGCUGUCUUCUGCUGUGAAGCUGAAUCACAAUGCCUUUCACCUGGGUGUUGUGGGAUCCAAGGAGCAGAAAGGGGGUCUGGUGCUGACCCUCCAUGGCAGUCUCCGGCACAAUGUUCUCAGCUUAAAGCACGUCAUACCCCAGGACCUUUCCCUGGAUGGCUCUCUCAGGCACAAAAACAACAUCCGUGAAGGUAUUGCUUUACUGCAAGGUUCAGAACAAGCAUUCAUCCUUCUUGAGCAGGUAGGGCAUUGUCUGGCCUUGACUGAGGUCCAAGAUAGGCUGCCAUCAGAGUCCUGUUCUGGUGCAGGCAAAGAGACCAAUGGAUGUCAUCAUCCAAGACAGGAUGGGGAAUCAGGUCACAUUCUGGAUCAAGUAGCCUUAGCCAGACUGUCUAUGUGGCUGUAAGUAUUCAUUUUGGGAAUAAACAACAACAACAAUUUAUUAUUUAUACCCCGCCCAUCUGGCUGGAUUUCCCCAGCCACUCUGAGCAGCUUCCAACAAAAUAUCAAAAUACAGUAAUGCAUCAAACAUUAAAAGCUUCCCUAAACAGGGCUGCCUUCAGAUAUCUUCUAAAAGUCUGGUGGUGGUUGUUCUCUUUGACAUCUGGUGGGAGGGCGUUCCACAGGGCGGGUGCCACUACCGAGAAGGCCCUCUGCCUGGUUCCCUGUAAUUUCGCUUCUCGCAGUGAGGGAACCACCAGAAGGCCCUCGGUGCUGGACCUUGGUGUCCAGGCAGAACGAUGGGGGGUGAAGACGCUCCUUCAGAUAUACUGGACCGAGGCCUUCCUUCUGUCUAACAGGCAUCAUGAACAUCAUGGUUAACCAGUCGGUGUUUGGAGCGCACAUCCGGAACAGAAAUGUGUUUGGAAACGAGAGCUUUCAUAACAUCGCAGUGGCUGUGACUCAGAAUGGUAGCUGGGCUUUCCCAAGAGAGGCAAAGCUCCGAGGGCAACUCGAGCUCAGAAGAGGAAUUCAGAGGGGUUUGGCCAGUAUCCAGAUGGACACGAGAGCUCUCCAUCUUAAUAUCUCAAAUAUCAUCAUUCUGGAGCAUCUUGGAGCCUCAGGGAUGCCCGCCCACAACAUCAGUAAUUUCUAUACCACAGGUAUGAAAUGCAACCCAAUACUGGGCUGUUUCUCGGGAUCAAUAAUGCCAUUUGGAAAGAGUAGCUCCUUUUCUUUGAGAAAUACUCUGCGACUGCCUGCACUUCUACAAACAGCCUACUAAAUUUCUAUCUCCUUCCAUUUGGGGCGCUUUUGUUUCUUAAGGGUUGUUGGGAAUUAUAACUCUGUGAGGGGUAAACGAGAGUUCCCAGGAUUCUUUGAGAGAAAGAAUGAAACAACAUCCCACUUUUCAGACACUGAAUUUGAAGUGCAAGUGCCUGAAUCUCUCAUAAGGACCCACCUUUAUGUUCAGUUUCCUUUAAAACAACUUUUUUUAAAAAAGCAAGUGUAGGGGAAAUAGGCUGUUUCCAUGUUUCCACAAUGCCUGCUUUUUACAUUAUACCUUUGCUUUGAUCCUUGCCUUUUAGUUCUAAGGUACAAUUUAAUUCACAGUGUGGGUUUGGAGAGGGGGGACUGACUCUUAAAAAACUCCAAUAAUUUCAGCUGGCUUGGAGCCAUCUCAGUGAAUAAAAAUCCCAAACCUCAAAGCGGAGGGGAAAUAAUAGUUCUGAAGUCAGCUUUAAAGUACAGGUGUGUUUUUAGUUACAACUUCAAAGUACAGGCUCUACCCUUGAAGAGUCUUCUCUAGUUUUCCAGUGGCAUAAUGGCGCUAUUGAAUAUGAAUGAGUGUUUAAUUCCUUGCCAGCCACUCUCGAGGAGAAUGAGCUUUCAUGCUUCUGUUAACAGUAUUUGGAGCAGAUUCAAGAAUGAAUGGGGUUGACUUGCUCUGAGUUCUGCAAAGGAAAUCUUUCCUUGCCGUUCCAAAAAAAAAGAAGCAGUAGCUUCUAGUAGGGCUGUGCAUGGACACGCACAAACAUUUGGAGCCAAUUUGUGGCCCAGAUUUGUAAAUCUGCAUUGGACCCAAUCCAGACUCAUUCCAACCUGCCCUGGGUCCGAAUCCAGAUUGUGAUUGCGAAAUUACAAUUUUCCUGAAAUCCUCUAGGCUUGCAGCACAAAACCAAAAUAGCAAUAGCUUACAGUGGUUCCUCGGGUUAAGUACUUAAUUCGUUCUGGAGGUCCGUUCUUAACCUGAAACUGUUCUUAACCUGAAGCACCACUUUAGCUAAUGGGGCCUCCCACUGCCACCGUGCCGCUGGAGCACGAUUUCUGUUCUCAUCCUGAAGCAAAGUUCUUAACCCGAGGUAAUAUUUCUGGGUUAGCGGAGUCUGUAACCUGAAGCGUCUGUAACCUGAAGCGUAUGUAACCCGAGGUACCACUGUACUUGUUUUUCACAUAGGGGCAUGAUGUCUAGGGCAUGGUGGUAGCAUUUUCAGAGUUCAAAGGCCAAUUCCAGCAAGGCAAAAACACUCAAGGAGAAUGUGAAGCAGAUCUAGUAAAGGGUGUUAGCCUGAGGAGAGUCUGGAGGGCAGCAUUUGAAUUCCCCAUAUGAUUCAGUAUCCCUGCUCUGUUGGAACAUGGCAUGGACCUUAGGGGAAUUUGAGGUGGAUGGCAGGAAACAGGCAUAAAGGGAAUGGCAGACAAAGAGAGAAGAGGUAUCUGACCCACUUUUGACUGGGGCCAUGCUCACCUCUUGUUUUAGUCCUACUCCCCACCAGCAUGCUUCCAUUGACAGCUCACCCCAAAGAAAAUGUGGCCCUCAACAAGGAAAGGAUUUCCCUCCCCUGAGCUUCUGAAGACUCAGAAUGUGCCUUUACAACUAAUCACCUAUCGAAACCCCAAAGCAAGCUACCUGUUGGUCCUGACUCAUGUCUGUAUAUGUGUCUCUAUGCAUCCAAUGUUCUUUGCUUAAUCUCCCUCUUUCUCUUCGGCUUCCCACAGAAAGUAGCAUCCUGGCCACGUAUGGCCACAUCAGUAGUAACCACACAGUAACUCUGAAGCUGCAAGGCGGUAGCAGAAAGACGGCUGCAGCAGCUGGAGCCCAGCGGUGGCCUUCAGAAACCCUUCAAGCCCAGAUCAUUGCAAAUUUCAGCCACAACAUUCCAGAGCUGAAGAACCAUGGGAUCCCUUUCAGCAUAGAGUCUACCUGCCAUUACCAAGUAAGGAGAACAAUGGCGUUGACUGGGGGUUGGGAACCUCCGGUCCAAAGUGGCCCUGCGGAUCUCUCUUUCUGGCCCUCAGGACCUUUUCUGGGCCAUGCCCCUCCCCAGGCUGAAUUUGCCCCAUGCCCUCCUUGGGGGCUUUUGCCUGGCUGGAAUGUGCCCCUGAAAUGCCUUUUGUUUGCAUGGCUAGAGGAGAGGGGUUGCUUAUAAACCAAAUGUUGCCUCAAAGACAGGAAGUCCCGCCUCCUCACAUCCUGCCUUUCUCUGAUAUAUUGAGUGAGUUCUUCUGGAGGGCUUCUAAACCUGUCCAGAGAACAGUGGCAAUGAACUCCCCUUUCCCCUCCAGGGGUUGGGCUUCUCCUUCUUCCCUGGCUAUCCCUGGGUAUUGGGGUGACGAAAUUUUUGGAAUAUGAAUUUUUGGAAAGUCCCCAUACACAAUUGCUAGCUUAGCACAUGAAAUAUAUUCAGAGUCGAGAGUGGAUUUCAUGCUCUUUAUUCAGCUCAUAGUGGUGAGGAGGAAUGGAAGUUCCCCCAGAAUGUCUGCUUUAUUUACAUCAUUUACACAAUGGGCCCCACGUGAUUGGCUAAUUCCGGGAUUCUCCUGUAGGCCAAUCAGAUUGUAGAUUCACUUCCACCUGGAGCUGGAUUGGGUGGCUCCUGUGGACCAAUCAGACUGCUGCAUUCUGGGUCCUAUUGUUCUAGGACCAAUCAGACUGCUGCAUUUUGGAUCCUAUUCAACUCAGUACAUAACAGCGCAUAACUCAACGACUUUAGAACAGGGGUUCUAAAGUUUGUUUAGAAUAGCCCAAGAGCCACAUUCCCUUCUGGGGGUCACAUUCCAGUGGUGGCUGGAGCCAGAGGCAAAAGCGGGUGGAGCCACCAAUGUAAAUAUUACUUUGGUACAGUAGGCUACUUUCUUCAGGGACCCCUCUCCAUCCUCCACCCAGGGAAGCAAGAGGCUUGAUCAAAGUUCAUGCACUCAUUCCAGGCAGGCAAAAACACUUUGGGUACAAAGAUGUGUAGUUUCUGUGACCAUUUUUGGAAUGCCAGCAGAUGAAAGGCAGUUCACGGGGGGGGGGUGGCUGAAAGGCUAAGUAUUGUCUAGCAUAGUAUUAUUGCUCACUAAGAUGCCUGGUCCUUCUCUGCACAUCAGCCUUUUCCCUCUGGUUAGAAUUUCAGCGAGAAGAUGGCAAUGAGAGUGGCAGCCCAGGCUGGUGAAGAAGAAUUCAAGAUUGAAUUGGAAAAGCAAGGCACCAAUAGCACCUCAGGGUUUUCCCUUUUCCUUUACCAUGAUGUGGGACUCCUGAUUCACACCAUUCCACCAUUAGUACGGGUUAGUUGACCACAUUGCUGGUUUGUUAAGUCUGCAAAUGAUACCAAAAUAAUGACUUUUUUUGCAUUGUUUUGGCGUGUCCUUACACUGGAAUGAACGUAAGAUUUGUAAAUGCAGGUGGUGCUGUGGUCUAAACCACAGAGCCUAGGGCUUGCCAAUCAGAAGGUCGGUGGUUCGAAUCCCCGCGACGGGGUGAGCUCCUGUUGCUCGGUCCCUGCUCCUGCCAACCUAGUAGUUCGAAAGCACUUCAAAGUGCAAGUAGAUAAAUAGGUACCACUCCAGCGGGAAGGUAAAUGGCGUUUCCGUGCACUGCUCUGGUUUGCCAGAAGUGGCGUAGUCAUGCCGGCCACAUGACCCAGAAGCUCUCUGCAGACAAACGCUGGCUCCCUCAGCCAGUAAAGCGAGAUGAGCGCCACAACCCCAGAGUCGUCCGCGACUGGACCUAAUGGUCAGGGGUCCCUUUACAUUGGAAUGAACGUAAGAUUUGUAAAUGGUUCUGUAAGCUAUGUGACUUAGGUUAAAUAGCAGGCAGCAAGACAAAUAAUAGUAUUGGGUGGACACCGAAGUCAAGCGUUAUGAAAUGUUGAGCUGCAGCAAAGAAAACAAAGUAUCUCAUUGCUGCAAUUAUAUUUCAUUUUAGCUUUGUGUGAGAGUGGGUGUGUUUACCAGGGAUGGGCGGACCUGCCAAUAUCAGUUCUCUCGGUUUCUUAUUUUUCCAACCUUAAAUUCCAUUCUCCACAUUUCUGUAGCCAUUAGAUAAUUUACUAUUUUUUUACUGAUAUUCUGCAGGUCCAGUGUGACGGAGAAUCCACAUCUCACCAGCUUUCUGGCCAUUGUCACGGAGAGGUUGCAAAUCACUCAGUGGAGGUACAAGGUUCAUUCUCAAAGCUUGGUCAACAGCAUUGCACUCUCUGGAGGCUCAGCUGCAGUAAAGAGAGUCUGAGCAUUGGGGGUUGUUUAAGGCAUGGAGAUAAAUAUGAAUUGAAAGGCCUCUGGGUGCAGACUUUCAAGUACGUAUCUCUGCUCACUCAACAUCCCAGGGAGUUUACAGGUUAAAACACUUGUUAAUCCAAUGGGUAAUAAGUGUAUGACUGUGUUUAAUCUCACCACAGAUGGGUGGGGGGUUCGUUCUGAAUUAGAAGUGACAGCAGAACCCCUGUUAAAGUGGCGUAGGUUUGUCUCCUUGGCGAACCCACACAUCCCCAGUUUGAUGCUCACAGCAGAGGUGAGAGGGGUCUACGGUACAAAUAAAUGCAUUUAUGAAGGCAGCAUGAGAUCUUCAAGCAACCGAGGGCUCGGGCUGCUUAAACUGAGAGCAAAAUGUGAGGGCUCCUUCCUGGCUGCAGUGGGGUAGCACCCCAAAGUGUGGGGUUGCCCUAGAAGCCAAGGCAGCAGGAGGUUCUCUCUGGCAGUGACAGGUGAAACCCGAAAAAUGUGCCUCAUUUGUAAGCUAGACAUGGAAAGCGGUCCAAACUGCCUUAUCGCGAGCGGGCAAUUCCUGCUGCAGAGCAGCCCGCCAGAGAUCACUUGGGUGUGGUUACACCACUGGGAGGAGCAGGAACAGAGAGGAACGUCUGUGCCAGAAGAGGUGCAAAGCAAUGGGAUUUUGGUGUUUGAUGCGUUUUCCAUAAGAGCCCAAAUUAACUGCACUGUGGAUGGGAAGCCAAUGCAAAUGGUAGCAGUGGGUGCUUGGGGACCCAGACUGGAGCUGGAUUGGCUGCUCAGCCACCGUGUCCCAGCAUGGACUAAGGCCAGCUUCCCAGCCAGGAACUGGUUACGUGGAGUCUCCCAGUUGGAGAACAGAGCAGACCUGAGCUUGGAACUGAUGAGCGGGCUGUGCAGGCUUUCAGGUGUGGGACAGUUCAGAAGGAGGCCUGGCGCAGCAUGGAGCCUCGCCGUUCACAGCCAUUGCCCCUCUUUCCAGGUAGAAAGAAGCAUGUCCCGAUCACAAGGACAUCUUUUGCUUCUUCAGAGCUUCUGCUGGCCAGAUCAUGAAAGGCCUUUUUUGCUGGGCCUCUUCAUCUGUACUGCAUUCCUGCCUGUUCCACAGACGUCCCCCUCUCUAACCUCUAUCCAGGCAAGCAAGAGGUGUGAUCAGAGUGCAAGGACAGGCAAAAUCACUUAGAAUAGGAAUCAACAUCAGGGAGUGCUGGGGGCGAGGAAGUGCUGCCUGGAGGGAGUUUCUGUCGGAAUCUCCACUCGGCCAAGCUGAUAAAGCUCCAUUUUCCGGCUGAGUCUCCGGAAUCGCCUCCGACGAAUAAUUAAUGACCUCGAGCCUUUGAUGAGGCUCCAAGGCACGUUUCCAUCCAUUAAGCAGAGUUCCCAGCACAGGGAAGAGAUGAGAGGUUUGGGCUACAUUGUAAAGAGUUUUAUUUCUAAGCUACGCAGUCAGAAAAGACAUCCUCUCUCUAUGGAAGCAGAGAGCAACUGAACAAAGGAAACAGGAAACUACUAACGUCACAUCCAUCUCUAGUCUCCCGUGAGACUUCCAAUAGUAUGGAAUCCCAGGAAUGUAAACAGAGUCCUGGGACUCCAAGCAGCUGCUUAGUGGCAAACAGAAACUAACAGUUUCAAGGGCCGUAUCAAUGGGCAUGGGGGGCCGGAUUUCAUCCCCACUUUUAGAACGUGCAUGGCAGAAGACAACAGCGCAUCUUUCCAGAUCAGCAUGCCGCCCGCUGUUUGUGGCGAGCCGACAGCCUCGUUCUUCUCUGUUUUAGGCACCGGCGAGAGUUUUGCUCAGCGGGUCAGUGGGGACUGCCAACUGCACAGCCGACGUGGUUGGAGAGGUCAUUUCCAACGCCACCUUUGCUCAGUUCCGUAUCCACGCUGCCUGCAACCCUCAGCACAGUUUGGAAAUCGGCCUCAGGCACGCCUGGCCUUACCUCAGCUCUCUGGGUCUUUCCCAGGAGAACAGGAUAAAAGCAGCUGCUGUGAAAGGGGACGAGUACAAAGGCCUUCUGGAGGCCACUCUUGGGAAAUGCAAGUUAACAGGCAAUGGAGAAGUGAAUACAGAGGGUGAAGUCACAGCCGCAGAAUGGAAAGUUAUUCUUCUAAAUAAAUGUGACCUUCUGGAGGUGAUUAUUUACUAUCGCCACCCCAACUGAUGGGUUGGAGCAUAUUUUCUAGAGUUGGGGUCACCAGCAGGCCCCUCAGGGUGCCCUUGAGGUCUUCCCUUCAUGCCCAUGAGGUCUUUGAACCCCACCCACACCUGCUUAGCUUUCUCACUGUCCCUUUUGUCAUGGGGUGUUGAGAUUGGUUACCUUUUUCUCCCUUGAAAAAGUACAGAGUUGAAGGAGGAAGUUGGAAGAGUUACCGUAUUUUUUGCUCUAUAAGACUCACUUUUUCCCUCCUAGAACGUAAGGGGAAAUGUGUGUGCGUCUUAUGGAGCGAAUGCAGGCUGCGCAGCUAUCCCAGAAGCCAGAACAGCAAGAGGGAUUGCUGCUUUCACUGCGCAGCGAUCCCUCUUGCUGUUCUGGCUUCUGAGAUUCAGAAUAUUUUUUUUCUUGUUUUCCUCCUCCAAAAAUUAGGUGCGUCUUGUGGUCUGGUGCAUCUUAUAGAGCGAAAAAUACAGUAUACCCUUUCCCACUUCCUCUUUCAGCUUUGUGUUCUUUUCAAGGCUCGGACUAAUUCUUCUGGAGCCAACUUUUACCAGAUCGUUUGGAAGAGCAAAGUGUUUGCAUCCAUGUACAGUUUCUCUCUUUCUAUCUCCUGAUUGUGGGGAGGGCGAGGCUGAUCUGGGAGAGGGGCAAAAAGUGAGAGUGGCACCCACAGUACUCCCUCAAAUAUCCGAAAUUCCCCGGGGGCGUAAAAGGUUGGCAACUCGUGCUCUGGAUAAUAGAUUCUACAUAGGUUAAGACUAAACUGAGCUCUCCCCUGUCUUUUCUCUUUCCUAGAAAAUGGAGUUACCCCAGAAACUAGUCUCCAGGGGUUCGUUCCUCAUGAACAUCUACAAUGUCAGUUUAGCAACACACUUCUGGUGUGAUGGCAAAACAGCUGAUGUGCAGCUGGAGGUGUCUUCUGUAGACAAAUAUACCGUGCAAGGAUCGCUGGGUCACUCUUUCCCCUACCUCUACGAUCUAGGGCUGCCUCCGGACAACUCACUCUACCUCUCCGUAACAAAUGGCUCCGUCCUCAACGGUCUUCUGUUGCUGCACAACGGAAACUGCAAGCUUGAAGCACAAGGAGAAAUCAGACCCCGAAACCAGACUGAAUGGUUCCUGGAGAUGGAAACAGAUUGUACAGUUUUGCAGGUCGUACCUGGUUCCUUUCUGGUUCUAAAGCAAAAUAUGGCACUCUAG